UUGCCACACAGCAUGGCUGAGAAACCCCAAAUCCAGCUCUUCAUCAAGGCAAGUGAAGAUGGGGAGAGCGUGGGGCACUGCCCCUUCUGCCAGCGGCUCUUCAUGGUGCUGCUGCUCAAAGGGGUGCCCUUCACCCUCACCACUGUGGAUGUGAAGAGGGCGCUGGACGUGCUGAAGGACUUUGCACCAGGUGCCCAGCUGCCCAUCCUUCUCUACAAUGGCGAGCCCAAGACUGACACCAUCACCAUUGAGGAGUUUCUGGAGGACCAGCUGGGCCCCCCCAUGUGCCCCAGUCUGGUCCCGCAUUACCCGGAGUCAAGCCUGGCUGGGAAUGACAUUUUCCAUAAGUUUUCUGUCUUCAUCAAGAACCCGGUACCUGCACAGGAUGAGGCAUUGCAGCGCAGCCUGCUGCGCGCCUUGCUGAAGCUGGAUGAGUACCUGAGCGCCCCUCUGGACCAUGAGCUGGCCCAGGACCCUCACCUCCAGGCCUCCCAGCGGCAUUUCCUUGAUGGAGACCACCUCACACUUGCCGACUGCAACCUGCUGCCCAAGCUCAACAUCGUUCAGGUCGUGUGCCAGCACUACCGCCGCUUUGGGAUCCCCAAGGACCUGCAGGGCGUGUGGCGGUACCUCAACAGUGCCAGUGAAACUAAGGAGUUCAAAUACACCUGCCCCAAUAGCCAGGAGAUUAUACAAGCCUAUCGUUCCGUUGUCCGGGCACUGCAGUGAGCCGGGCACGUGCCCUAGUGGGUGCAGGGCCAAGACUGUGGUCAGGCAGGAGGUCAGCGCCCACCCUGCCCCUGCCUGCCUGCAGGGGCUCAGGAAAGCUGUGCCACUCGCACCCAAAUUCCCUCCACUGGCACCCAGGUGCUGGCAGCAAUCUGCAGUGCACCGAGCCCUUCUUGUGCCACCCACCCUUCCUCACAACCAGGACAAGCUCUGUGGCCCCUCGAGCAUCAGGAUGAGGACAAGGGGACACAGCCAGGGGCACCAUCGAUGCCAAAGCUGUGCCCAGCUGAGGGCAGGGGCAGAGCUGGGCACAACAAGCUGCCAUGCAGCCACUUGCAUAGGCACGCUAUGCCACCCACCUGGGCUGCAGGCACCACAGGGUGCCCUCACACCUGCACCAGGUGAGGUGGCACACCCAUAGAGACCUAGGAACGGAGCUGGAAAGGGAUGGCACAGGCAAUGGGCAGAGGUCAGUUCCCCCCAGAAAUC